UUCCGGAGCGGAUCGCAACCCGGAGUCCGGAUCCGAGCCCGCCCGGCGCAUUCCACAGGCAGGGAAGGCUGCACACGGACGGGCUCAGCAGCUGUCGUCCCGAGGCCGUGGCCAGAGCCGCCCUCACCAGGCUGUCGCCCGCAGGUGUCACCAUGGCCGAGGACGUCAGCGAGGAGAUCAUGUUCAUCUGGUGCGAGGACUGCGCCCAGUACCACGACUCAGAGUGUCCUGAGCUGGGCCCGGUGGUCAUGGUCAAGGACUCCUUCGUGCUGAGCAGGGCCAGGUCGUCCCUCCCGUCCAACCUGGAGAUCAGGCGCCUGGAGGAUGGGGCUGAGGGGGUGUUUGCCGUGACCCAGCUGGUCAAGCGCACGCAGUUCGGCCCGUUUGAGUCCAGGAGAGUCGCCAAGUGGGAGAAGGAGUCGGCGUUCCCCCUGAAGGUGUUCCAGAAGGAUGGGCACCCCGUGUGCUUCGACACCUCCAACGAGGACGACUGCAACUGGAUGAUGCUGGUGCGGCCGGCGCUGGCGCCCGAGCAGCAGAACCUGACGGCCUACCAGCACGGCAGCGACGUGUACUUCACCACCUCGCGGGACAUCCCGCCGGGCUCCGAGCUGCGCGUGUGGUAUGCAGCCUUCUACGCCAAGAAGAUGGACAAGCCCAUGCUGAAGCAGGCCUGCCCUGGGGGCCACGCCGCUGGCACCCCAGAAAGCAGCGCCCCGGUGGACUCAGAGCCCAGCCAGUGGGCGUGCAAAGUGUGUUCUGCCACCUUCGUCGAGCUGCAGCUCCUGAACGAGCAUUUGCUGGGUCACUUGGAACAAGCCAAAAACCUCCCUCCGGCCGGCCAGCACGAUGCAGCCCCUGAGAAGGAGCCAGAUGUGCCCCGGGCGGAGCCUCCCGCCACCCCCAAGAGCGUAGGUGCCACCAAAGAGCAGAAGAAGAAGCCUCGAAGGGGGAGAAAACCCAAAGUCUCAAAACCUGAGCAACCUCUAGUCAUCUUUGAAGGCAAAGAGCCCGCAGAGCAAGUGGCAGAGAUCACCGCCGAGGUCCCGCCGGACGAGCCUGUGGCCGCGGCCCCAGAUGAGCGUAUCAUGGAGCUGGUCUUGGGGAAGCUGGCCAGCAGCGCCGGCGACGCCAGCCCAGUGCCGAAGUUCCCGCAUCACCCGAGCAGCGCCCUCACCCUCAAGAGGAGCCUGCUUCUCUCCAGCCGGCACGGCAUGCGGCGGAAGCUGGCCCGGCAGCUGGGGGAGCACCGGCGGGUGUACCAGUGCAGCGUCUGCAGCAAGGUCUUCCAGAACAGCAGCAACCUCAGCCGGCACGUGCGCUCGCACGGAGACAAGCUGUUUAAGUGCGAGGAGUGUGCGAAGCUGUUCAGCCGCAAGGAGAGCCUGAAGCAGCACGUCUCCUACAAGCACAGCAGGAACGAGGUGGACGGCGAGUACAGGUACCGCUGUGGCACCUGCGAAAAGACCUUCCGCAUCGAGAGCGCGCUGGAGUUCCACAACUGCAGGACAGAUGACAAGACCUUCCAGUGUGAGAUGUGCUUCAGGUUCUUCUCCACCAACAGCAACCUGUCCAAGCACAAGAAGAAGCACGGCGACAAGAAGUUCGCGUGCGAGGUCUGCAGCAAGAUGUUCUACCGCAAGGACGUCAUGCUGGACCACCAGCGGCGGCACCUGGAGGGAGUGCGGCGGGUGAAGCGGGAGGACCUGGAGAGCAGUGGCGAGAGCCUGGUGCGCUACAAGAAGGAGCCCUCGGGCUGCCCCGUGUGCGGCAAGGUGUUCUCCUGCCGGAGCAACAUGAACAAGCACCUGCUGACCCACGGCGACAAGAAGUAUACCUGCGAGAUCUGCGGCCGCAAGUUCUUCCGCGUGGACGUGCUCAGGGACCACAUCCAUGUCCACUUCAAGGACAUCGCGCUGAUGGACGACCACCAGCGGGAGGAGUUCAUCGGCAAGAUCGGCAUCUCCUCCGAGGAGAACGACGACAACUCUGACGAGAGCGCGGACUCGGAGCCGCACAAGUACAGCUGCAAAAGGUGCCAGCUCACCUUCGGCCGGGGCAAGGAGUACCUGAAGCACAUCAUGGAGGUGCACAAGGAGAAGGGCCACGGCUGCAGCAUCUGCCACCGGCGCUUUGCACUCAAGGCCACCUACCACGCCCACAUGGUCAUCCACCGCGAGAACCUGCCCGACCCCAACGUGCAGAAGUACAUCCACCCCUGCGAGAUCUGCGGGCGCAUCUUCAACAGCAUCGGGAACUUGGAGCGGCACAAGCUCAUCCACACAGGGGUGAAGAGCCACGCCUGCGAGCAGUGCGGGAAGUCCUUCGCCCGCAAGGACAUGCUGAAGGAGCACAUGCGCGUGCACGACAACGUCCGGGAGUACCUGUGCGCCGAGUGCGGGAAAGGCAUGAAGACCAAGCACGCGCUGCGCCACCACAUGAAGCUGCACAAGGGCAUCAAGGAGUACGAGUGCAGGGAGUGCCACCGCAGGUUCGCCCAGAAGGUCAACAUGCUCAAGCACUAUAAGCGGCACACGGGGAUCAAGGACUUCAUGUGCGAGCUGUGCGGGAAGACCUUCAGCGAGAGGAACACGAUGGAGACGCACAAGCUCAUCCACACUGUGGGCAAGCAGUGGACGUGCUCCGUGUGCGACAAGAAGUACGUGACCGAGUACAUGCUGCAAAAGCACGUGCAGCUGACCCACGACAAAGUGGAGGCGCAGAGCUGCCAGCUGUGCGGGACCAAGGUGUCCACCAGGGCCUCCAUGAGCCGGCACAUGCGGCGCAAGCACCCCGAGGUGCUGGCUGUGAGGAUCGACGACCUGGACCACCUCCCUGAGACCACCACCAUCGACGCCUCCUCCAUCGGCAUCGUGCAGCCUGAGCUGGGCCUGGAGCCGGAGGAGCUGGGCGAGGGGAAGCACGCCAAGGCUGCCCGCAGGCCGCACAAGCGGAAGCAGAAGCCGGAGGAGGCGGCAGCGCCAGGGCCCGAGGAUGCCGCCUUCAGCGAGUUCCCGGAGAAGGAGCCCCCCUUCGCGGGCGGCGUGGGGGACGAGACGGACUCCGCGGUGCAGAGCAUCCAGCAGGUGGUGGUGACUCUGGGCGACCCGAGCGUGACCACUCCCUCCAGCUCGGUCGGCCUGACCAACAUCACCGUGACCCCCAUCACCACUGCGGCCGGGACUCAGUUUACCAACCUGCAGCCGGUGGCCGUUGGGCACCUCACCACCCCGGAACGCCAACUGCAGCUGGACAACUCGAUCCUGACCGUGACCUUUGACACCGUCAGCGGCUCUGCCAUGCUGCACAACCGCCAAAACGACAUCCAGCUGCACCCCCAACCCGAAGCCUCCAACCCCCAGUCCGUGGCCCACUUCAUCAACCUGACCACGCUGGUCAACUCCAUCACGCCCCUGGGGAACCAGCUCAGCGGCGAGCCGGCGCCGCUCACGUGGCGGGCGGUGCCCCAGACGGACGUGCUGCAGCCCCCGCCGCCGCAGGCGCCCCCGCCCCCGCCCGCGCAGCCCCAGGUGCCAGCCGAGCAGCAGCAGCAGCAGAUGUACAGCUACUGAGCGCCCCGCACGACCUCAGACACCCUGCGGGAGAGCCAUUUUGUCUGUGGUUGUUAGGUUGGUCCGCUGGAUACCAAACAAAGGGGGAGAGACCGUCCAGGGCGACAUCAGCCUCACUCGGCCUGGGCAGGAUUGUCUCCAAAUCGCCCAGACGCGUCCGCCUGUCGGCUGGACCCGAGAGGCCAGGAGCGGCCCCACGCUUGCCUGCCUCCUGGACCGUGGCGCCCACCUCCCCUCGGGGGCUUAGGUAGACGUGGGGUUUGGGGACGUGAAGCAGAAAGAGAAGCAGGAGCCGCAGAGGCAGUGAUAGGUUUUUAGAAACACUCGUGGCCCGUUUUAUUUUUCCCCGGGAGAACCCGGUGGUCACGUGAGGUCGCGGCCGCCUCUGGGCCCCAGGCUGCAGCGAGGCGGGGCUCCUGGCUCCUGGCUGCGUUUCUGUUUUUUUUUUUUUUCCUUUUUAUCCCCCCCUGCGGAUUUGCAGAGAAGCUAAAGUUCCAUGUUCUCUUCCCUGACAUUUGUGUGGAGUCCAAAGUGUUACCGGCUCUGGACUGAGAAGGUGACCCUGAGCAGACGCCGCUCCUCCGGCCUCGGGGUCAUGGCAGGCCGGGGUCCCGGGGGCCGCGGCGCAGGCAGAGGCCUCUGCACAACAGCCUGUGAGUCGGUCUCCAGUCUCGGGUUUUCCUCGCUGCCUGAUUUCAAGCAGAUGUCGCGUGUCGUGCCGCGUCUGUGUUCCCCUCGAACUUGCUGAAGUCGUUUGCACUGUAGGGCCCGGCCGCGGCCUCCCAGAGGCGGGGCCUCGCGGGGGCGCCGGCCGAGCGUGCUCAGGGUCGUCUGCCAUCCAGAUGUAUUUAUUGUGUGGGGCUCGGCCGGCGUCCCCCGAGCUGGACAGCAGGCCAGAAACCCAUGCUUGCUUCUGUUUAAACUCUGCUUCCAAAGGUGGUUGUAUCUCGAGACCAGUUUUCUAUAAAGAUGGCGCGUGAGCUUGGCCCCUGCCAUGCCAGGAUGCUGCAGGUUUUUCUGA